AUGUCUUAUUCCUAUCUUUUUAAAUAUAUUAUUAUUGGUGACACAGGAGUAGGGAAAUCAUGUUUACUUCUUCAAUUUACUGAUAAGCGUUUUCAACCAGUUCAUGAUUUAACUAUUGGUGUUGAAUUUGGUGCACGUAUGAUAACUAUUGAUGGAAAGCAAAUAAAACUUCAAAUAUGGGAUACAGCAGGUCAAGAAUCUUUCCGUUCUAUAACAAGAUCUUAUUACCGUGGAGCUGCAGGUGCUCUUCUUGUUUAUGAUAUCACAAGAAGAGAUACAUUUAAUCAUCUAACUUCAUGGCUCGAAGAUGCUCGUCAACAUUCAAAUUCAAAUAUGGUUAUUAUGCUUAUUGGAAAUAAAAGUGAUCUUGAAGCACGUAGAGAAGUUAAAAAAGAAGAAGGUGAAGCUUUUGCACGUGAACAUGGUUUGAUUUUUAUGGAAACAUCUGCAAAAACUGCUGUAAGUGUAGAGGAUUCUUUUAUUGAUACUGCUAAAGAAAUAUAUCGUAAGAUACAAGAAGGUAUCUUUGAUAUUAAUAAUGAGGCAAAUGGUAUUAAACUAGGACCUCAACAUUCACCAUCAUCACCAAAUGCUCCAAACAGUGGAGGAAGUGGAUCUUCUGGAUCAAAUUGUUGCUAA